AUGGUUCUGACUUCAAAGAGAACUGCUACAAAAGCUACUGUCAAUAAUAACCAGCGCGAUGAAUCAUCACUUUCGUUAGUCCAUGUUGAACAAGCUCAACCCCUUUCUGUUGCACCAAUCAUAUCAUCAUAUAAUGAGAAAAUUCGUCCAGUUCUUGAUGCACUAGAAAAUCUCAGGCGUCUGAACAUUGCAAAAGAAGGAAUUCAGCUUCCAACAAUUGUUGUUGUUGGUGACCAAUCAUCAGGGAAAUCUAGUGUUCUUGAAUCUCUAGCUGGUAUCAGCUUGCCGCGAGGACAAGGAAUCUGCACAAGGGUACCAUUGGUGAUGAGGCUGCAGAAUCAUCCACUUCCUCAACCAGAACUCUUGCUAGAGUUCAAUGGAAAAACAGUUUUUACAGAUGAAGCUCAUGUUUCUGAUGCAAUAAACAUAGCAACAGAAGAGAUUGCUGGCUCUGCUAAAGGGAUUUCCAACACACCUUUGACUUUGGUUGUGAAGAAGAAUGGUGUACCUGAUCUUACUAUGGUUGAUCUUCCAGGUAUUACUCGUGUUCCUGUUCAUGGUCAACCUGAUAAUAUUUAUGAUCAGAUUAAGGAUAUAAUUAUGGAGUAUAUAACUCCUGAAGAAAGUAUUAUCUUGAAUGUUCUUUCUGCUACGGUCGAUUUUACUACUUGUGAGUCUAUUAGGAUGUCUCAAACUGUUGAUAAAACUGGUUUGAGGACUUUGGCUGUUGUAACAAAGGCUGAUAAAUCACCUGAAGGCUUGUUGGAGAAGGUUACUGCAGAUGAUGUUAACAUCGGUCUAGGUUAUGUCUGUGUGCGAAAUCGAAUUGGAGACGAGUCUUAUGAAGAAGCUAGAUUGGAGGAACAAAAGCUGUUUGAGUCUCAUUCACUUCUUUCCAAAAUAGAUAAGUCUAUUGUUGGUAUUCCUGUUCUUGCUCAAAAGCUGGUUCAGGUUCAAGCUAUGAUAAUUUCCAAAACUCUGCCGGAGAUUAUAAAGAAGAUUAAUGAGAAACUUGCUUCUAAUGCGAAUGAGUUAGAGAAUUUGCCGGCUAAUUUAUCUUCAGUUGCUGAUGCUAUGACUGCUUUCAUGCAUAUCCUUGGGUUGUCUAGAGAUUCUCUAAAAAAGAUUCUUCUCACUGGAGAUUUUGAUGAGUACCCUGAAGACAAACACAUGCAUUGCACUGCUCGAUUAGUUGAAAUGCUAAAUUUAUAUGCAAGUGAUCUUGAAAACUGUGAUGAAAGUGAUGCUAAAAAGAAUUUUCUGAUGGAAGAGAUCAAGGUGUUGGAAGAGGCCAAGUGGAUUGGUCUUCCAAAUUUCAUGCCAAGAACUGCUUUUUUGACAUUACUGCAGAGAAAGGUUAAGGGCAUUUCUUAUAUGCCAGUUAAUUUUGUUGACAAUGUCUGGGACUAUCUUGAAUCUGUUGUGAUUUCAGUUUUAAAUCAUCAUUCAUCAAACUAUUAUCAGCUACAGGUUUCCACUCGCAGAGCAGGUGAGAAGCUGAUUGCUAAGAAGAAGAAGAAUUCUGUUCAACAUGUCUUGGAAGCUGUAGAAAUGGAAAAGCUGACAGAUUACACAUGUAAUCCUGAGUACUUGCUUGAGUAUAAUAGGCUGAUAGCUCAACAAGAAACAUUUUUGAAAGAAGUUUUGAGAACCGAUGAACCAAAGCCAACUCAUGUGAAGCUUGAAGGGGUUGGGGAAAUUGAUGUUAUGAACCUGAGGAAUUAUCCUCAUGUGCUAAGUCAAGCCUUUGACCUGAAGGCUAGGAUGAUUGCAUACUGGAAGAUUGUUUUGAGGAGACUCAUAGACAGCAUUGCUCUGCAUUUGAUGUUAAGCAUCAAUGAACUGAUUAACAUUGAUUUACAGAAGGAGAUUUGUAAUGAUCUUUUGUCUCCAGGUGGUGGUGGGAUAGAGAGGCUGCUUGAAGAGUCUCCAUCUAUAUCUGGCAAGAGGGAGAAGCUGAGCAGAAGUGUCAAAGUUCUUAGGGAAAGUAAGGAGACAGUUGCUAGAAUUAUGGAUAGGAUUGGGAUCUAUGAUUAG